AUGGCCUUUUGGCUUUUUGGUAGCACAAAGCCCAAGAAGUCGAGCAAGAAGUCCAAGAAAGGAACAAAAUCCAAUAAAACGAUAGCUUCAUCUAAGCCCAAGAUAACAGAUCCUCCUAAUGUCUUUCGUCCUGCGAGACCUCAGAUUGAACCGCCUCCUUAUCCAGGAAAUGGGCGUCCGGCGUUGAGGCCUGCUCUUCCGUAUAAUCAGCUCCAUGCCUCUCAAUCACAGCCUCACUUCCAGCCCGCAGGCUAUCUCCCAGCACCGCCGGGCUUCAGCACUCAACCUGUGGUGAUCAACAAUCACUAUCACCUCGGGUCGCAGCAAUCGCACCCCAACUUGUCCGCGUUUACACCAACGCAUCAUCUCGCGACGACAAACUCACACCAGACCCUCUCAUCGUCGUUGAACCGUUUCACAGGCUCAAUGGUGAAUCUGGCCAAGGAAUCAAUUCCACCGCAACUAUACGACGAUGGGUUAUCGGCUUGGCAUGGAUGUGCGCAGAUUGCUCAGUCGUCGAAUGCCCUGUAUGAUCGGUUUAACGAUAUCAUGACGCUUAUUGAUCAUGAGAAGGUACAGGGCAAUGAGAACAAGCUCUUCAACUGUGCCGUCACGGAUCAGGAGCCAAAGACGGAUCAAGUCGACAAGGGCAUGGGAAAGGUGAAGAAUAAGGAAAAGUCCCCAUGCAAUGUUGCUGCGUCUGUGGUGUCGGGCAAUUACUUCUCCAAAGUCGAACAGUACGCAAACUCCAAGCUUCCUGCAACACUACCACCGCUAUCUCUGUAUGUUUCCCCCUCUCAGCUUCAAUUCUUUUCUAACAGAAGUAGGCAUAUGCCGACAUGGCCUCUCCUUUGUCUAGCUGCUCAGUACUCCCAGCGCGUCUACGAAAGACCUCGCGGCACCGAACGAGACGCUCACGUCUCAUCCGACUGGCUGGCUGGUCCAAGACAGACCUGCAUCAAGUCUGUUUCCAUGGACGACAUGAACACCAUCGUCUUCGCCAUCCGCGGCACAGCAAGUUUCAUGGAUUGGGCCGUCAAUCUCAACUCUGCACCCAUCAGCCCACUUAACUUCCUCGACGAUCCUGGAAACUUGUGCCACGCGGGCUUUCUCUCCGUCGCUAAGAAGAUGGUACGCCCAGUAGCUGCGAGAUUGAGACAGCUUCUUCAAGAGGAUCCUAAGCGCUCAACGUUUAGUCUCUUGAUCACGGGUCAUUCGGCUGGUGGUGCUAUUGCUGCGUUGCUAUACUCGCACAUGGUAGCCCAGACGAAUGCGGCAGAGAGUGAACUCAACGUCUUGACGAAUUGCUUCAAGAGAAUACACUGCGUCACGUUCGGUGCACCACCUGUGUCUCUCCUCCCAUUGGCAAAACCCGAAACUCACGCUCUCAGAAAGAGCAUCUUCCUCAGCUUCGUCAAUGAAGGAGACCCCGUUGUCCGCGCCGACAAAGCCUACGUCAAAAGUCUUCUCGACUUACUCGCUUCACCGCCGCCAUCCCAACGAAAAGACCCCAAGAAAUCACGCAAGAAGCCAACAUGGGACGUCCCCCCGUGCACACUGAGCAAUGCAGGCCGUAUCGUGGUGCUACGCUCAGGGGACCUAGAAGCCAAGGCCAAAGAUCGCAAGACGGUGCGAGAGCGUCUCGACGAGGGAGUUGUAGCAGUGACGUGCUCCGAGGAGAGGUUGAGAAGUGUUAUUUGGGGAGACCCUGUGUGCCAUCUAAUGAGUUUGUAUGCUGCGAGGAUAGAGGUGCUAGCUGUUCGGUCUGUGACUGCGAGACGUUAG